UGAUAAUGAGUGCAGUUUUUAAACUCAGUUUAUUGUUGAUUAUUAAUUGAUUGAUUGAUUAAACUAUACGUUUUUUUUAUGUGUUAGUCUGUCUUGACUUAAACAACUUUAACCCGCGUAAAUGAAUAUUAUUAUGAAUUUAUUUCUUGCACGUCCCGCUUAGGCUGUAAACAGCAUACUUGCCCCAUUGGCCAAUCAGCUGUUUGCGAUGGUUCAACUGUUUAAAUACCUGCUGAAAUCGACAAAAUCGCCGGCGCGUGCUCAUUUUCGGCCCAGCUUCCUGGACACACUGCGUCUAACGGUGCGUGGGGGACAUGGCGGCAACGGUUUGCCCAAAUACGGAGGAGUUGGUGGCCAAGGCGGCUGCGUCUACUUUGUGGCCAAGGAGGGGCACACGCUGCGUAAGGUGGCGCAGAGCCUGAAGGAUAAACGCGUGCAUGCCACAAGCGGCGAGGACAGCAGCAAGCUGAGCAUUUUCGGGCGUCGAGGCGGCGAUCAGCGCAUAGAAGUUCCAGUUGGAGUCCAGGUCUACGAUGAACAGCACAAACUGCUGGCCGAUCUCAAUGAGGACGAGGCCAGUUGCAUAGUGGCUGGCGGUGGCACUGGCGGCUGCACGGGCAACAAUUUCCUCGGUCGUCCCGGCGAGAGUCGCAUUGUGAAUCUGGAUCUUAAACUGAUUGCAGAUGUGGGCCUAGUUGGGUUUCCCAAUGCUGGCAAAAGCACCCUGCUGAAAGCCAUUUCCAAUGCCAAGCCCAAAAUAGCCGCCUAUCCCUUCACCACGAUUCGUCCGCAGAUUGGAACGAUUGAGUACAGUGAUUUGCGUUCCAUCAGCCUGGCCGAUCUGCCGGGUCUCAUUGAGGGCGCUCACGCCAACUUCGGCAUGGGACACAAGUUUCUGAAACACAUUGAACGCACACGAUUGCUGCUCUUCAUAGUGGACAUCUUUGGGUUUCAGCUCAGUCCGCGGCAUCCGCAUCGCGAUUGUUUGGCCAACAUCUAUGCGCUGAACAAGGAGCUGGAGCUAUACGAUCCGACGCUGCUGGAAAAGCCCUGCUUGCUGUUGCUUAACAAAAUGGAUAAGGAGGGUGCACAAGACAUCCUGGCAAAAGUGGAGCCUAGCAUAAGGGAUCUGUCUGUGGGUCUGGCAGAGUGUCCAGAGGAAGUGCGUCCCAGUAGAGUGUUGAAAUUCGAACACAUUUUGCCCAUAUCCGCCAAAAAUGCAACACGAAUAAGCCAAGUGAAGAAACAAUUGCGCAAAACGCUUGACGAGCUGGCCGAGGAGCAACUGGUAGUUGAUGGACAGGUGUUGAAAGAGCAACUGCAGCAGCGGGUGGGCAUAAGAGGACCCAAAAUUACAUAAUACAUUUUGUUUACAAAUGUUAUAAAAAAAAAAUAAUUAUGUAUUGUAGUCGUUUGGUUAAACGUUUGGUUAAC